AUCAUUCGAAUGAUUUACACAUGGGCACACCACCUGAUCUGGAAACAAAUCCAGCAUGAACUGUUCGGAUUAGGUAGCUAAAGACUCCUUUUCUCCUGGAUGUCUCACUUCUGCAGUGUUUUUUUUAACUACUCCUCCGGUUAUCUGGCAGCCAGCCAUUUCUCCCAGUUGGCCGCUAUUACAGUAGGUAGGCGCUUGAAUGUCCUGCAGGCGCAGAGAAGAGUUGCGCUUCACGCUUUCGCUUCAUGGCUCAGCGGUCUGCUCACUUUGUCCCCAUCGCGCUGCUGGUGUUUGGACUUGCCGGGAUCCUGCUCCUUACUAUUCCCACCAAGGAUGUUCAGGAGGAACCUGAGCUCAGGUAUGGGAUUGUCCUGGAUGCUGGAUCCUCACACACAUCUUUAUACAUAUACAAGUGGCCAGCAAAUAAGCAAAAUGGCACAGCCGUGGUCACCCAGCAUAGCAAAUGUCACGCUGAGGGUGAAGGAAUUGCAAGUUAUGCAGGUCAAUCGGGAGCAGCAGGGCAAAGCUUAGAAGCAUGUCUGGAUCACGCAGUGAAGAGCAUCCCAAAAGACAAGCAACAGCUCACACCUGUGUACCUGGGAGCCACAGCCGGCAUGAGGCUUCUGCAUUUAUCUAGUCCAGAGCGGUCCACUCAGAUUCUGAAGGAAGUGGGACAAAAAAUCCAGUCCUACCCUUUCGACUACCGGGGAGCAGCCAUACUGAGUGGCAAAGAAGAGGGGGCAUAUGGAUGGGUCACAGUUAACUAUCUCUCAGAGAACUUCAUUAAGUAUGGCUUUGAGGGGCACUGGUUCAGCCCCAGCAGACCGACAGUGGGAGCUCUCGAUCUGGGCGGCGCGUCCACGCAGAUAACAUUUGCUACUCAGGAAAAAAUCGAGAACAAAGACGAUCUGAUGAAGCUGCGCCUUUAUGGUCAUGAGUAUACUCUGUACACACACAGCUUCCUGUGCUAUGGGAAGGACCAGUUCCUCAUGACACUGCUGGCUCAUAUAAUGAAGUCUCAGGGUUACCCUCAGUCUGUCACUCACCCCUGCUAUCCUGCAGACCACAGCAGGACGGUGAAGCUCAGCAGUAUACUCGACUCUCCAUGUACAGUAAAGUACAAACCCAGCUCCUACGACCCUCAUGCGUCUGUGACAGUACAUGGCAGCGGACACUAUGAAUACUGUCUGGGUAACGUGUCUGAAGUCUUCUCCUUCAACAGCUGUCCCUUCUCCCAGUGCUCAUUUGACAAAGUCUUCCAACCAAAUGUCACCGGAGGUUUCAUGGCUUUCUCUGCUUUCUUCUAUGUUCACUCAUUCCUUCAGCAAGUCACUGGCAUAACUGCUAGCUCUCCUUCAGAACUACAGGAUGCGACCAAAAAAGUGUGCAGCAUGAGUUUCACCCAAAUGAUGCUUCUCGCUCCAGAGCAAAAGUCCCGUUUGCAUUACUACUGUGCUGCCUCUGUGUUUCUCAAUACUCUCAUGUUGAGAGGAUAUGGCUUCAAUGACACAACAUUCCCACACAUUUCUUUCCAGAAGAAGGUUGCUGACACCAUGGUGGGUUGGGCUCUGGGCUACAUGCUGAGUUUGAGCAAUUUGUUGCCAGCAGAGCAACUGGAGCUGAGAAAGGCCCUGACCCCAGGAGUGUGGGGAUCCCUCAUCUUUCUUUUUGUCAUGCUACUUGCCGCAGUGCUUUCCUUCUGCUUAUUUAGAGUUUAUAAUGGACAGAAUAAGAAAAGAGGCAGUGAAAGCACAAUUUAGCUAAGAAAUGAUGUCAGUUUUUUAUUUUGCUCUGAACACUGACCCGACAAGGGAGAUUUGGAGCAAGAUUUGAGUUUUAAUUUAAGCAUAUUCUCUGUUAUAUAAUACCAUAGUUUGCUUUUGAAAAAAUAAUUUUUACACUAAUUGACUUAUUUUUAACUAGUGCUAAAUGUAAACUGUGGUUUGUUCAUUGACUGCAAAAGUUUUAACACGACAUAUACAAAAUGUUUUGAUUUUAAUGUUUAUACAGUUUGCUGCUUUAACCUAUAAUUGAGUGGUAUGUAUAAAAUGAGUGAAACCACUGCAUUAACUUGCUGUGAAUGUAAACUACUUUAAAGCUGACAGUGAGUACUCUGACUUUAGUUUGAAAAACAAUGCCAACGUGGAAGUGCCUUAAGUGCAUCUUUUUUAAUGGCCAGCAGGUGGCAACUCACUCAACAAAAACACUGGAAGUCUACUGGAAAAUGGCCCUCGGCUUCCUUUACUCUGACCUCAGCGAACCCCGUUUUUGAUGCAAGUUUCAAGUCAUGCUGAAUAAAAUAUUAAAUGCAUUUUGUGAAUAUCUGCUGCUAUUUGACUCAGAAAGGCAUUUGACCACAGAUAUUAUCCAAUGACCUACUGUGGUUGGGCAGCAGUUGUCCUUUGUUUCUCUGUCAAAUCCACCCUUCACUUGGCACUAGGGCUGCCACGAUUAGUCGACUAGUCACGAUUACGUCGACUAUCAAAAUCGUCAACGACUAAUUUAAUAGUCGACGCGUCGUUUGAAGCUUUGUAAGAUCCCAAAAGACGUAGGAAUAAGUAGUAGGAUUUAAGAGUGUAAUAACGGACUGAAACAGAAGAUGGCAGCACUGCAUGUACAAGGAUGCCAGCUGCUGUUAAACCCCGAAGAAGAAGCAGCUGUGUCCCAGAAUUCAUAGCGGCCCUGCUCAGUUUUCAACAAUGGUGGCAGCUAGUUAGUUUUAAUAUUACUCUUAUUAUUCUUUCUGGGUCACAAAAUAAACGUUUAACAUAUUUCCAGGCGAGAAUGUAGCUGUGUAAACCUCAAAUAUCUGCUCGGUUUAUCAAGACACCACAUAUUUUCAAAAGCGCUCCGACGUUUUCGGAGACGUCUGUUACCCACCAGCUCGAUAGUGAGCCGGGGUUCAAGGCUCACUAGAGCCGCUGAGAACACCGGACUCCCGGCAAAUCGUUUUCAAACCCACCGUCGUCUUUCGCUACUCAGGUUAAGCAUGAUAUAUAAGUCACUUAGAUAACUUAAAAAUGUUAUUGUUUGGCUUUUUUUUUAGUAUUUUAUUUGUUCCUGAGUAAAUCGGUUUGGCUGAGAUUAAAGUUAUAGUUUUUACACAGAUGAAUAAACGUCAAGCAGGCAACUGAUUAUCGGAAGUGUGAGAUGCUUGAGAAUAUACUCCGGUGUCGGUUGAGUUUAUUAAACUUCACCGAAACCAUCAUCUUGUCUUUAUUUUUAGUUAGCACAUACCUUAAACACUUAAAGCUGUAAGCUAAUGAUAGUUAUAUAAGAGCAGACGCACGCUGGUGCAAUAAGCUGUAGUUUUACGUCCAAUGGAUGCAUGAUCUGAUUAGUCGACUAAUCGCAAAAAUAAUCGUUUGUGGCAGCCCUACUUGGCACCAACAUGAACAGCAGGAUUGCAACAAUGAAAACAUAACAGGACUUGUAUACAGGCUCAAAUAGAUUCAUACGCUCAGAUCUUUUAAUAAGUGCCGCUGUAGAUUUUACAGUGCCUGUUGGCUUCACCAGGCCAAAGCCUGUUAAGAAAAUCGACGAAUCGCAAUGUAAGCUCAACCAAUUCUUGUUUUUUAAAGUCCUUAAGGAUAUACGCUUUGCAAUCAUUGUGCCCUGGAAAAAAGCAGUGUGUUUCCUCGGAGGGGGCUCUCUGCACCGGGGCUGUGAUCGACCGUGGCUGCUGGGGCUCUGUCGGUCUUCUCAGCCUGGCUGGGGGGCUUCUUUGCCUCCCUCCUGCUGUGUGCCCAGCCUGGAGGCUGCGGUCUGUGACCGGCUCCUGGUGCAGAUGGCUCCCUGUGAUAGUGUUUCCUCACCUGGCUCAUGUGUGCCCAGCCCAAUUUUACUCUUUAAGUGUGUGUGUGUGUGUGUGUGUGUGUGUG